UACCACCACCUAACCCUAUUUUCCGACCGGCUAGCGUUUGAGGAUAUUCCGAUUCUUAUUUUCCGCCAACGAAAUUAAGAUUCAAGGCAUACAGAAAUCUUCCGGCGUCAGAAACACCACCACUUUAGCAAUCAUGGCUGAGGAUGUUCCUACUGAACUGAAAGACGAGAUGGGAGAGCUUGCUCCCUUUGAUCCUACUAAAAAGAAGAAGAAGAAGAAGGUUGUUCUGCAGGAUCCUGCAGACGAAUCUGUGGAUAAGCUGGCUGAGAAAACUGAAUCAUUGUCGGUGUCUGAUGGGCUUGAAAGUACUUUUACUGGCCUGAAAAAGAAGAAGAAGAAACCAGUAGAGACAAACAUAAUGAAUGAGGAAAGUGGAGAUGGGGGAGAUGAUAUUGAUGAUCUCCCUGGUGAAGAUGAAGAAGGUGAAGGAGUUGUCCUGCAGCAGCGCUAUCCCUGGGAAGGAAGUGAUCGUGAUUAUAAGUAUGAGGAGCUUCUUGGUCGAGUGUUUAACAUUCUUCGGGAGAAUAACCCAGAGCUUGCUGGUGAUAGGCGUAGGACUGUUAUGAGGCCUCCACAAGUUCUCCGUGAGGGCACAAAGAAAACAGUUUUUGUGAAUUUCAUGGAUCUUUGCAAGACGAUGCAUCGGCAACCAGAUCAUGUUAUGGCAUUCUUGCUUGCUGAGCUGGGGACCAGUGGUUCUCUUGAUGGGCAGCAAAGGUUGGUUGUGAAAGGCAGGUUUGCACCCAAGAAUUUUGAAGGGAUUUUGCGUCGUUAUAUCAAUGAGUAUGUCAUUUGCCUUGGGUGUAAAAGUCCAGAUACAAUUCUCUCAAAGGAGAAUCGUCUGUUCUUCCUCAGAUGUGAGAAGUGUGGCUCUGGACGAUCGGUUGCUCCAAUUAAAGCUGGUUUCGUUGCUCGUGUUGGCCGCAGGAAUACUGGCACAUGAGUCACUUUACUUUUUGUAUUUUACCUCGUCUAUCCCAAUGUUGAUUAGGCUUUCAUGGUGGUCUGAAUCUUCAUUCUGAAUAAGGGAUUGGAUUCCUGUUAAACUUUAUUAUAUGAAUGGAACUUAAUCAUUAAUCAUGUUCGUGUCGCUUUUGGAUCUAUGAAAUAAUGGGUUGCUAGAUGA